AUGGACACCUACGAACAAAAUGUUAUGCAGACGCUAAACGUGGUACCUCAAGGUGGUAGCACGGAUAUGAUGAAGAAAGUGGAGAGAGCGUUGGGGCUCAUCAAGACGGCAGAGGAAGCUGAGCGAUGGAUGGUACUUAAUAAGCAGAACAUCCGCUUAUUGAAAAAGAUGUUGAUGUUAAAGAAAGAAAAUUCUCUGCGCCUGGAAGCUAAUAUUGGACUUUGUAAAUCAUACCAGCGGCAACUUCACCGACUGCGAUUAGAUUUAGUUAAGCAAGGUGGUGGUGUCACCAAAAAACAAAAUCGACAUCUAAUCUGGGAGACAAUUGAAACCCACCAUCAGGGCAGGGUGAAGACUGGUAUGAUUACCAAUUUGGAUUAUAAAGAUCCAAAUAUAUUUUUCAACCGGGCAUUUCCAAUGUUCCGACGACACGUUCGGCGUGAGCUAGUGAAGCAUCCCCUCAAGGUGUAUAUUAUGUUCACGGGCAAUUUCAUUAAGCCCAGCACCAAAGAGGAGGAUUUGAAAACUUUUAUAACGUCGGCCAAGGAAAUGUAUCUGACCACGGACAUGCAGGAGUGGUACACUGAUCAUGUCAAAAACUAUUUGUUGAAAAAAUUGGAAGAAUUCCAGGAACGCGAUAGCGUUUGGGCUCUUGACAUGAUCAUAAAUAUUCGAGUCCACAUGAAUGAGUACUCUCCGAUCACAGCUGGAACAUUUUGUGAACUACCACCAGUUAUCAGAAAUAAAUUGGCUGUGAUUAAUGUCCGGAAUGAUGACCAACAUUGUUUUUUAUGGUCGAUAAUGUCAGCACUUUACCCGGUUGAAAAGGAUCCUCAACCAAAGUUGAAUCGAUCGGGUGUGACAAAACACGAGCAUAAAAUAUUUUUAUGCGAUCGAUGUCUCAACUAUUUUGCUACAGAAGGCAAACUCCAACAGCAUUCAGUAAAUUGUGGUGAAAAAGAAGCGGUGCGGGUACGAAUGCCUAAAACUGAUGACGAGCGGUUCGUUGAGUUUCAGAAAUUUUCUCAUCAAGAACCAAUUCCAUAUAUUGUAUAUGCAGAUUUUGAGGCGUUAUUGGUACCACAACAUCAUGAAGGCAUGGAAAUGGAUCAUGGGUCUUAUACACAAAAUAUUCAAAAACAUGUACCCUACAGUGUAGGUUACUAUGUUCAUUGUACCCAUGAUCCCAACCAAUCGUUUUAUAAGGCAUACCGUGGUACUGAUUGCGCAAAAUGGUUUGUUAAAGAACUGGAACAGGUUGCGUAUACAUUGGAAAAGAAAAUUAAACACGUUGAACCAAUGAUACCGCUCACCAUCGAACAAGAAAUGGGGUUUCUGUGUGUAGAAAAGUGUCAUAUUUGUAAAAAAUCUUUUACACCAACAAAUAGUAUCCGUGUGCGUGACACAUCACAGGCUAUAUUAAAAUAG